AUGAAUCGCUUACAACUAGCCAUCAUCAAUUUUGUUGGUCUCAUCGUGCCCAAUGUCUUGUGCCAGGCGGUACAACCAUUGAGAAUCACGACGAUUGCGUCCCAUGAUGGAUAUUCGGUACUCGAAUGCUGGCAGAUUGACUCUAUUCCCGUCGAGUACAUGUCUGCGUUGAACUAUGGCAUCGGAGGCCGCACAACAAACGUGAAAUGGUCCACACUUCAGCCGAGAACCUACGUCGGCGAAGCGUGGGCUCCACGUGUCCAACUGACCAUUGUAUUGAAUGGAAUGAUACGCGUGUCUGCGCCUUAUACGCCGCCCCAGCCGUCCUCUCCUAAUGCCACUGCAAGCUGCAUAGCACAGGCGAACCCGGCCAUACCACGACAGACCGCAUAUGUAUUGUCAAACAGGCUGUUAUAUCAGGGGGCUGUCCCCUCUGCGAGCGCGGACAGUCAAGUUCCGGCUCGCCCACCGCCGGAGGAGAUUGCGUAUCUCAUGCCAGGCACAAUGACCUCCAGCAUCAUCUUGGUCACCGAUCUUCGGAGCGAGAGCAAUAUUGCGGGCCAUGGCGCUGAGUUCCCUUCAAAUGAGCCUACUGUUCUAGUUCAAAUCCCCUUUGAGAAUGACGAGAUACCAGCACACACUGUACUUGGAACUGGGAGCUGUAGCAACUAUAGAUGA